GAAGCCGAUACCGGGAACUAUCCACAGGCAGCAGGAAUCAAUGAUUGAUACAGUGGCUAAUGAAAGAAAGAUGAGACUAUCCCGAGCUGAAUAUAAAGAGAUAGUGAGAAGGACUGAACAGCUGAGACCCACACGCCAGUGCAUGAAGAUGCUGAAGGAAAGAUUUCCAAAUCACUCGCAGUCCACUCUUCUGAGCAUCUUCUCCCUGGAGUACCAGAAACGAACCAAAAGAACAUUCUCAAAACACCAUGCACCAGAUGUUAUUGAAAGCCACUACCAAAGGUAUCUGAGUGAGGCCAAGGCACAUCCCACUGCUCCUGUCCUGCUGGAGCUGGCCAUUGAGGUGGAUCUGUCUCCUGCACUGAUGGCUCGUAUCAUCCUGGACAGGUUCCUUCAGGGCCUGGAGGGUGGAAUGCCCUCUAAAACAGUCCUCAACAGCAUGCUUAAGGAGCCAUCGUUGAUUCCAGACCAAAUUUUAGCCAAUAAUGUCUACCAGUGCACAAUAAAUGACUGCUGUUAUGGACCGCUGGUAGACUGCAUCAAACACGCUAUCGGCCAGGAGCAUGAGGUGCUGCUCCGUGACAAACUGAAGGAGAGAAACCUUUCCUUUCUAGAUGAAAACCAACUCAGAGCUAUGGGCUACGACAAAACACCUGAUAUCAUCCUGGAGGUUCCCAUUGCCGUGGAGGGACACAUUGUACACUGGAUCGAGAGCAAAGCCUCAUUCGGAGACGACCACAGCCAUCGCAUGUAUCUCAACGAGCAGUUCUGGAGCUACUGGAACAGGUUUGGUCCAGGCCUCGUGAUCUACUGGUACGGUUUCAUAGGAGAGCUGGACUGCCAGAGAGACAGAGGCAUCCUACUCAAAGACUGCUUCCCCACAGAUAUUGUCACACUAUGCCACGCCACCCAGCAGGACCAACCGCCGCAAGAGCCAGAAUAAAGACAAAGAGUGAGGCAAAAGAUAAGGAGUGGAGCAGAGUAAGAACAAAAAAAAACUAAAGAUGGAAGGAAAGAGAGCGGAACACGAGGAGGCGGGGAGGGUAGGAACAGGGGUGGAUGCCUAGAUCCGGAAGCAAUUUGGCUUUCCUGCAGAGUGAGACUCCUGGCAGAAAUCUGCCCUGAACUCCACCUGACCCUCUGCUUCUGUCUGUCUCCCUUUUUCCCCUCCCUCCCUCUCUUUCGCUGCCCCAAAGCUACCACAUGUGAAUCCGCGCCAGCACUCUGUGUAUCUGACAGCACAGGGUCACAUUCAUACCUGUGUGUGAAAACACCGUCUUGGAGGCUUUCCUGGUUGCGCUCAGCUCCUGGCCCCUGGAUGGCCUCUCGCAGCGGACGGCCAGGGUGAGAGCUGGGGCCAAAGCGGGACAUAUGGCCCUUCCUUAUCACACCCAAAGCCCUGGCCUUUGUCACUCCUUCCUCCUCUGCUCCAUCGGCAGAUAAGAGAGGUGCGGUCCGGCGGCUGGGUGGACGCCUGACUCUCACCUGCGUCACUCGGUGCCCUCUCAGUCACUCUCCAGGGGGGUAAACAGGAUCAUUUCUGAUUAAAUGUGGUCUCGCUAUGACCUUUUUCACUUCGCAUUAUAAAAUCUAUUAAGCUUUUUUUCUUGAGUUGAAGCAAGGGUUCACACCACAACUAAAGUUUGUCAGAAGUAUUAUCAACACCUUGUAUCUGCUUCCUCAGUGUGAAUAAUCUUAUUGAACUACUAUUAAUUAAUUAAAGUGCCAAUAGUUUGAUGACAUGAUGCAACAGGUGGCUUUUCUCCUCAGCUAGUUUGCAUGGCGUCGAAUGUAGGUAUGGUAAACUGCUCCUCAUCCUCUAUUAGUUUUAUAUUAUUUCAGAUUAACUGGUUUAUGAGAUAGAAAAAGUAAAUCCUCCCUUAUGAGAAGCUUUUUCUGUCUGUGGACUGAUUCAUUAAUCGACCAUCGUAGUUUACAGUGUUCUAUAUCAGCCUGAAUGUGGAUCCUGAAAGCCGUGUUAGCUUUUUUGCUAACAUCGACUAGCGUGCCAAGUAGCCUGAAGGUACAGUGUUCUCCGCUCAAGGGAUUAAGGCAUCUGUUGGACCAAAGAACUGAGAUCACAGUCAAAUAAAAUUAAUAAGUUCAUAUAUGUCACCUCCAUGAGUGCACUGUAGUUUAAAAAAAAAAAAGUCAGUCCUUGUCACAUUCUGUCAUAAGUUUUGUGCUGUGAUCAUUUAGAACAUGUUUUU